GGGCGCCUUUGCCCCGGCUGCCAGGCGACGCCGGCCCGCACGGGCCUGCUCCCCGGCGGCCCCCCCCUCCGGGGAAACAGAUGUUUCAGGGCAAAAUCGUUAAAUUCAAAUUCUAAAUAAUAAUAAGGAAACUCACCAGUCAAAGGAGGAUUUUUCUUUUCUCUCACCUGCACAAACUUGGCUCCAAGGCCAGUAAAGCGUGAGGAGACAGCUACAACUACCGCUCCCAUAACCCUCUGCAGCUGGUUCGUGCCCGGCAGGCCCGUAGGGGGUAAGCGGGGGGAGGGGGGCGGGCCGCGGGGCCUGUGCGGAAGGGACGAGGUGGCCCUGGAGGUGCAGGAUGAGUGCUGCCGCCGCCGCCAAGCCGAUACUUUAUAGCUAUUAUCGAAGUUCCUGCUCUUGGAGAGUGAGAAUCGCGCUGGCCCUGAAGGGGAUUGCCUAUGACCAGGUGCCCGUGAACCUCCUGAAGGAUGGGGGGCAGCAGUUUUCUGCUGAAUUCAAGGCACUGAAUCCAAUGAAGCAAGUCCCAGCCUUGAAAAUUGACGGCAUCAUCCUUUCUCAGUCGAACCUGAGUAUCCUGGAACAAAUGGGAGAGAAAAAAAUGGAAUGGGCUCAGCACUACAUCACAUCUGGCUUCCAAGCACUGGAGCAGAUUCUGCAGCACACUGCUGGGCGCUACUGUGUGGGGGAUGAGGUCUCCAUGGCUGACUUGUGCUUGGUGCCUCAAGUUUUCAAUGCUGAAAGAUACAAAGUGGACCUGGCUCCAUAUCCCACCAUAACCAAAAUCAACAAAGCGCUGCUAGAGUUGGAGGCAUUCAAAGUAAGCCACCCAUCCCGGCAGCCAGAUACCCCCACAGAAAUGCGAGCUUAAAGCCCUUUUACCUGCUAAAUCAAGUAAGCUGGAGUGGCAAAGAGGACAACAGCUAAAGGUUGAGUAGGAUUUGAGUGCCAGCAGGAAAUACUCAUUAUCAUCUGGAUGGAAUGGAGGAAGGACAGAGGGAAAGUCCCAUUGCUCCAGAAGUAGCCUGGAUGAUUCAAAAGAGCUAUCACUGUGCUGGAAAGACUGCAGCUACUUCUGACUAAGUUUUUCUAUUUUAUAUCUCUCCAUAAAGCAAAUUAAAACAGAAGCAUCCAUAACUA